GGAGUGAAUGGAGAGUGGAGGAGGGAGAGCAUUGAGGGUCAGGGAGUGAACCAGCUUUAACAAGUGUUGUUCUUUUCGCUUUCUUUGUGUGCUUGAAGGAUGACUAAAAGCAGUAGCCAGGCCGUGAAGAAACACUUCAGGGAAGUGGGAAUCAGUGGGCAAGCCGACAAGGGGAACAAAAAGCGUGUAUGCAAUUACUGCGACAAGCCCGUGGCUGGGACAGCCAGCAGGGCAAGGGAACAUUUCCUCAAGGGGUCGAGAUGCGACGUCGAGCACCUCAGAGGUACUAUACCAAAAGAGGAGUACUUGAGGAGGGAGAAGGGUAGGUCGGCUGCCAAGUCCGAGUUGGGGGCCAAAAUGGGAGAGCCCGAAAUGGAGGAGUCACAGGAGGAUGAGAAUGCUCCGCGGACGUCGGGAGGAGUUCUGGAUCCAUCAGGGUCUACGGUAGGGCUCCACCAGACGAAUCCGCGGACGUCGGCGGCAGGAGUUGUGGAUCCAUCGGGGUCUGGAGUUGGGCUCCGCCAGACAACGAUCACGGACAGCGCUGCUGUCAUUACGGCACACGAGCAAAUGCAGCGCGCGAUAGACGACUGGAUGACGGCCGAAUGCAUCCCGUUCAACAUGAUGAAGAGCGAGUACUGGGACAAAAUGGUGCACGCGCUCAUGAAUGUGCCGAAAGGCUUCAGGUACGCGAAGUUCGAAAACGCAAGGACGAAGAGGGUUGAAGUGACAAGGGGCAGGGUCGGGAAGAGGGUGGAGGAGUUGCAACAGGAGUGGCCAACCACUGGCUGCAUGUUGCAGCUUGAUGGUUGGACAGAUCGCCGACAGAGACCACACAUCAACGUGAUUGUCUCCUUCCCUAAAGGCUCCAUCUUUUGGAGAAGUGUGUGUAUGUCACGGCGCAACAAGGGCGCCUCAGCAUACUACACCAUUCUGAAGAGGGCAAUAGAGGAGAUAGGUGCGGAGGCAGUGGUGGGGGUGAUUAUGGACAAUGUUGUGAUUAUGGACAAUGUUGCUGUUUGUGCAGCCACAGGGCGAAUGAUUGAAGCAGAUUACCCUCACAUCUUCUUUGUCUCGUGCACAGCACACUCCCUCGACUUGAUGUUCGAGUCUUCACAAAGUUUGGGUGGGUCGGUGCGACCCGGUUUUGACACGAACUUCAUCAUGAUGUCAAGCCUGCGGGGGUUGUAUUUGCCGCUGAGUGCGUGUGUGACAGAUGACGACUCGAAGCCAGCGAUCGUGCACACUUCACUACGCGAUCUGUUAGUGAAGGCGACGCAUUCCAUCUUGGACGACACCUUCUGGGCAGAUGUCGAGAAGGUGAUGCAGACAUCCAAGAACCUGCUCAAACUUUUGAAGAAGGUCGAUGGCACGGGCCCCACCAUUAGCAAGGUGUAUGCCCGUAUGGACAGCGUGGUGGAGAAACUAAGGGAGAGCAAACACUUCGCCGAAGCGGAGAAGGACGAACUAGAGGAGAUCAUCAUGCGGCGCUGGAAUGCAAUGACAUCACCGCUACAUUGUGCUGCGCUGUUCUUGGAUCCAGAGUACAGAGUGUCACGACCAGAGACGGAUGCAGAGGUUGCAGAUCGGUUUCGGACGUGGCUUUACUCGUGGUGCAAAGAGUCGUCGUUUGUCGAGGUCGACGCAGAGGUUUGUUGUUGGAUUGAGGGCACAGGGGGACACAAUUGUGAAGAUGCAAGGACGCAAGCCCGUCUAGUGCAGCCGGCGAGGUGGUGGAGGAAGCGGUGCAGUGACAUGCCCAUCCUUCAGAAGCAAGCCGUUCGUCUGCUUGGACAAGCGUCCUCCUCCUCUUGUUGCGAGAGAAACAGGAGCUUGUGCGAACGAAUUCAUAGUCGUCUCUGUAACAACCUCGGCGCCAUCAAGCUUAGCACGCUGGUUUUCAAUAGAUGGAACGAGCGUUUGUUGGAUGCCUUGAUCAAGAAGCCGAAGGCUGAUAAGGAUUCGCCGCAAUGGGAAGAGGAUGAACCGGUGGAAGAUCUCACACGAGAUGAGGUGGCCAAGGAUGCACGAAUGCGGUUGGCGGAGUGGCGUGUCCGGCUGCACAGAACAGAGCCGAUUAGUGAUGCAGGUGAGAAUGAUGACUCUGGCUCCGACGACGACAGCAAUCUCGUUGAAGCACCACAAACACCUGUUCUAGAGGAGAGACAACUCAACGAGUCGUGGAGGAAGGCCACAAAGGCUUCCAAGUUUCUGGCCCGGCAACAUUUGCAUGAGUUGGAUCAGGCCACGAGGACCAUGACCGUUGAGCAUGCCAACAAAUGCAAAGCUGCCAGGGCAAUUGCAUGUGAACCGCCCUCGAUCCCAGCCAAACAAGGGAGAGGGAGACCUCGGAAGGAAGUUGCAACUCGAGGCGGGACAGGUGAUGAGGAGGCUCAGGACGUGGAAGGUGGCAAUUUGGCAGAAGGUCCUGCACCCGCACGUGUCACAAGAAAGCGGAGACGACCACAGAAGCAGCCCGUGCAAGAGGAGGAGGAAGCAGCGCCAAAAGGGACAAGCAGCGAUGAAAGUGGUGGCGGCGCUGAUGAAAAUGAUGGCGGCAGCGACGAAAGUGAUGGUAGCGGCGAUGGUGACGACGAGAGAGGUGGCUGCGAUGGGACUGAUGGCAGUGGCAAGGAGGACGAAGCCGAAGGCGACGAGAAAGAUGGUUGUUCGUCGGAGGAAGAGGGCGACUCUGAAUCAGAACCCCUGUCUAAAUUGCACAAGACUUACCACUGACGUGCGCGCGCGUGUGUGAGCGAGCGAGCGAGA